GCUACGAGCUCUCUAAAAGGGAGCAUAAAAUUGGAUCUCCUGAACGACCAAUAUCAGAUUUGGGUAUUAAAGGAUACCAUUCUUAUUGGAAACGUACAAUACUGAAAAUUCUCCAAGAUCAUACAACCAAUCUAUACAAAGUCCAAGAAGGCGCAAGUUCUAUGAAUGGUGGCGAAACGUCACAUAAUGACAACGGGAGAUUCAUGAUUACUAUUAACGAAAUUUCUCUGAUGACGAGUAUUCGUAGAGAAGACAUUAUAUGUACUCUCCAGGAGAUGGGCUUUCUCAAGUACAGAAAUCCCAAUGGUAACAGCGUUAAUUAUGCUACCAUCACUAAUGAUGUAAAUAAUCAUGCUGUUAACGGUACUGAACAACAUGAUCAUCAUGAACAACAGACACAUAAUAAUAGCCCUCAACAAGCACAGUACCAAUUACACCGUAACGAGGAGUUUGCGCAACAAAGGCACCAGCAACAUAUUAUAUGUAUUACGCGCAGAAUGGUUGACGAUUACAUAAGGAAUCAUGGUGUAAAACUUGAUAAUAGGACAGUUGAUAUUUGCGGUCUCAAGUGGACUAAAACCA